AUGCAGGUCACUAGAGCACUCUCGCGUUUCAGACGCUCACUAAAGCGUCUUUACAUUGAGCGAGACUUUUUUCGCCCGUACGAGAUACUACUCGCCCUGCCCGGGUUCCAUCUGGUGGAGAGAUAUCGCACUAGUAGCUGGACGCGUGUGUUGUUCCUGUUAUCACGCGUUUUUCAACUGCUGCAGUAUGCGGUGUGGGGAGAUCUCUUUUAUUUGGGCCUGAUGGAUGCAUCGGGAAACUUCGAAAAGGCACUCCACUACGGUAAUACGUUCGGUGUGUUAACGAUGAUGCUAAUUCGCAUGCUUGUAGUGCGCUGGAAUCUCCCGAACGUCGAAGAAUUCAAGCGAUACCUCCGGCGACAGCGAAGCAUCAAGAAGCAAACCUCAAGAACGCACUCUCGGUCCUAUCAGAAGAUCGUCAACAUUGCCAUCAUGUUCCAGCUGAUCGGAAUAGUGGAUCGCUUUGUGGUUUGCUUCUCCAGCACAUACCGGCAAGAGCUGUACGAGCUGCCGUCAAAUCUGGUGGAGCUUGGAUGGCCUAUGGUGAUAGCGUUACAUGUACUCUCGUUUGAUUUUGCCUCACGAUGGGCUGCUGCAUACAACGUAUCACUUACGGGCAUGAACUCCAUUAUGAUGGGACUGUACGACGAACUGGUAGAUAUUGCCGAAGAAUAUCGUCAACUGUUUGCUAGAAACCAGGAUGGCAGUGACUUCUGGACAUGCCUGGAGCGUAACAUUGCCCAAGCUGUUAAACGGCACGAGACAUUUAUUGCGCAGCUUGAUCAGCUGAAACCAUUCCUCCAGACUACCUUUCUGGUGAUGUUCUACUCUGCGGCGCUGUUCCUCGCUACCGGUACGUUUAUAAUAACGGCGAAAGGGACGACGACGUACGGUGUUAUCCUUAGUGGAUUUCUGUUUGCGUUGUUGCUUGAAUGUUACUGGUGUUGUCAGCUUGUGGAUCGACUGAACGAUAUGAAUGCUCAGAUAGGUACGAAUCUGUACAACCUCCCCUGGCCGACAGAGUUACAGUACACCAAGGCGACUGCUAGCCGCUACAGACAGGCACGCUCAUCUCUGCUGAUCAUGAUGAGCAAGACCCAGAAGUCGCUCGGGAUUAAUUGCGGUGGCAUGUUCGAGAUGUCCAGCGAAGCCUUCGCUAGUCUGGUGAAGCUGACCUACACAAUGCUUAUGUUUCUGCGUGAUACACAAAACCUCUCCUAA